AAGGAGCAGUUUUCAAGGAAGCUACUCCACUCGGGGACAUUCCUCACAGAACAUGAACAGCAUCCUGCUGGACGGGCGUAUCUGCUGAAGUUCACUGAACUAAAGAAAGAAGAAUCCUGGGCAGAGAGAUUUUCUUGGAGCACCUUUACUCCAGACUCUUCACAUAAAUGCUUCCGGGGUGCUCCUCAUCUUUGGAGGACAGUCUAAAUGCGAAAAUGUUUGCCAUCAUCAAGCAGUGGGACGAAGCGUCCAACCAAUACACAGACGUCACCAAUAAGUACUUUCUGCUUUUGCUCAUCAAGUUUGGACUGGACACAGCUGUGUUUUACUCAUGCAGCCCGAAAAAGUAUAUGUACUUUUUAAGCGUCUGCAGCCUGUCCGUUUUGCUGGCUGAUUUUCUUCUUACAUUGUUAAUGGGAGUUGCCUGGUUUCUCGGCCCAGAGAAGUCGUUGGUGUCGACCUGCUUCCUGUUGGCUACAGCCUCAACAACAUAUGGAGCUCUGCCACUCCCUAUGUUGAUCCUCGGCUUCAUUGACUACUCCUUAGAUGACACCUUUAUGAGCAAUGCAUCAGUGUUAUGGAAAACAUUUAGAAAUGUAAUCUUGACCUUGGUGGUUUGGGCGGUUGCUAUUCAUAACUCACUUCAGUCCGAUUACGCCAAACUGGUGGAACUGGAUUCUUUGGGGGAGAUAAAGGUGCUUCUCUGUAAAGUGACAGAGUCAACAGUGAUCACAAUCUUUACUUUCGGACUUUUCAUGGCGUGCCUGCUGACGCUGGUGCCAUUUUGGUCCAGAAUUCCCCAGUGGAUGGGAGAAGUCGACAGGAUGCUUGAAGCACAGGAGCAGCAGCAGAACAUGGGGAGCGAUCUGCUCCUCGCUUCAACCUGGAAUCCCAACCCAGAAACAAAAACCAGACUGGAGGAAUAUCCCGAGGAGAACAGCCUGACGAGGCCUCCUCUGUGGUUCAGCAUGACACUUGGCUUUAUAUUGUUCUGGAUGCCGUAUCUUCUGAUGUCUGUCUCUUGCCUGAUCUGCGGACUUGGAGUACCCACACACCUCGGAGUAAACCUUCUGUGGUUGGAGUGCUCCAACAGCCUCCUGGUGGUUUUGGUGUUCUGGGCAAAGAGCUACACAAAGGGGCCUUACAGCAGUCUACCAGAGAACGUGUGCUCAUGGCAGGUUUACUGGCACUUAAGCAAAGACAUACGAAGGUUUCUGCCGCCUACCGCUGUGUCUAAACCACCAUGUGAGAAGAAGAGCAAUUCAUUUCAUGUGUAGAAAAAAUAAAUAAGUCGCCCAACGACACAGCAAUCCAGACUAAAUGAAAGUCCUCCGGCAUAUGAAUCGAUCAGUGAUCUGAAUCUGUGGUUGUUACUUCAUCCUGCUCGUGGCUGAAUGUUACAAAAGUUAGGCUCAGAAACGAAUCUCCACAGAUCGUCCUCUCCAGAAGCCAAGAGGUGAUUAAUGGCAGCUUUAAAUGAACUGCUAACUUUUCACUGCAUGCCAUUUCACUGGUGCCAUUUUGGUCCAGAAUUCUGAAGUUGAACUUCGCAGCAAAAUGUUGCAACUGUUUACUGUGCAGGGAGGGAAAUUUGCAAUGACCCCAAAAUGUAGUAGAUCACUUUAUCUUCUUUUAUUUUAACUUUGUGGACUCAACUGAUACACGUUUAUCAAAAAAUAAUAAUAAAAAAUAAAAUCUAUAAUUUUGCCUCUUUUAGAUAUAUUUAGCAUCGCAUACUAUUUAUGCUUUAAAAGGAGUAUAAAUCAUUUCUGCUAAGAGAUUAGGUUUUGCGAUGCAAAAAAUGAGCAUGAGGAAUUUAGAAAUUUUUUGCACCUUUAAUGAAAGAUGUAUCCUGUAUAAUUCAACUGAAAACAAAAACUCGGACAGAAAGGAUAAAAAAAAAUUUACUUUGGGGAUUAACAA